UCUUUGCAGAAACACACAAUUACGAUCCCCACCAUCAAAGUCGAUUCUUCAAAUAUAUAAUUCGCCCUUCUCGACUCGGCUCUUUUAGUCCACGCAGCUAAAUUGGCAAUAUUCAAGCCGCUUUUGGUCAACGCCAAUCGGACAGUGCAAGUGACAAGUGCAUGUGCAACAUAGAACGAGAGUCGUAAAAUAUUUUUGUAUAUUGCGACAGUGUUUGGAAACUCUCCUGAAGAUACUGCACGAUGGGUUCCAUACCCCAACUAUCGGUCAUCAAAGGCCCAACCAGAAGAUUAAUACCAAACAAAAUACACGUACUGUUCCAGCAAGCGGCCCAACAAUACAAAAACACCAACGCCCUAAUUUUUCAUGAAAACGGUGAGGAAAGGCGACACACUUAUGAACAGCUGGACAAACUUACAAACCAACUGGCAAGAACAAUUCAUCAAGAAAUAGUCAACAAUAAAUUGCAGAAGAAUGGAGAUGGAGAUUACAUAGUGGCGGUCAAUAUGGUACCAUCCGAUUAUUUGGUAGUGGUCCUUUUGGCGAUCUGGAAAGCUGGAGCUGCUUACUUGCCUUUGGAUCACGCUUUUCCCGGCGCCAGGAUCGAACACAUCGUCAGAGAGUCAAGACCAAGCCUCAUUAUAUAUGAUAAAGAUUCGGAAUUUUAUUUGGACACUUAUAAAUUGUCCUUGGAGGAGCUAAUGAACAAAUCCUCAGAUAAAAGUGAAGACCCCUUGGGCGACGACGAAAAUGUGCAUCACACCAGAGACGACCUCGCCAUAGUUCUGUACACUUCCGGCAGUACAGGCAUACCAAAAGGAGUGCGAUUGCCUCACAAAGUCAUCCUGAACCGGCUCCAGUGGCAAUUCAAGACUUUUCCUUAUGCGACCACUGAAAAAGUCUGCGUGUUCAAGACCGCACUCACUUUCGUCGACAGCGUUUCCGAAAUAUGGGGGCCUUUGGUAAACGGUCUGACCAUUCUGGUUGUUCCCAAAGUGGUCACGCAGGACCCAGAAAAGCUUAUCGGUCUUUUGGAUGGUUACAAGGUUGAAAGGCUCGUUCUGGUCCCUUCCCUUCUACGUUCGAUGCUCAUGUACCUUCAGUUACAGAAAGGAAAACGAUAUUUGUCCAAUCUAAAAAUCUGGGUAUGUUCUGGGGAAACCCUUGUAGUGUCGCUUGCCGAAGAGUUCUUCAAGUACUUCCCAGAGAAUGAGCACAAAUUGUGCAACUUCUACGGCAGUACUGAAAUAAUGGGAGAUGUAACCUACCAUAUCAUUUCCGGACCGAGAGAACUGCAACACCAAGACAAAAUCCCCAUCGGCUUGCCGGUGGACAACACCGUAAUUUACCUCCUAGACACAGACUUUCGCCCAGUAAAGGCCGGUGAGGUCGGAGAACUGUUCGCCUCCGGCUUAAAUUUAGCUGCAGGUUACGUAAACGGAAGAGACCCCGAUAAGUUCUUGGAAAACCCCUUGGCAAUCGACCCCACCUACGCCAAACUGUACAGAACUGGAGACUUUGCCCGCCUGGAAAAAGGUAUCAUCGUUUACGAAGGAAGAACCGACUCCCAGGUUAAAAUACGCGGACACCGCGUCGACUUAUCCGAGGUGGAGAAGGCCGUCAACUCGUUGGAUGAGGUGGAAAAAGGUGUGGUUUUGUGUUACAAACCUGGAGAGAUCAACCAGGCACUUCUGGCGUUUGUCACCACCAAAUCUCUCAUCAACGAGCACAAGAUCGAGGAGUUGUUGCGGGAAAUCUUGACUUCCUACAUGGUACCGCAAGUGAUAAUCCUUGAAAACAUACCACUUUUGGUUAAUGGUAAGAUAGACAGGCAAUCUCUUCUGAAGACGUACGAAAACACCAACAACAACGACGAUUACAGCUACCAAGUGGAUAUUGACUAUCAAGGCGUGCCGAUUUCUAAAAUGAAGGCGGCACAAGCUCUCUUCGAAACUGUGGCUUCAGUUUUGGGCAGAUCUGCCAGAAAUGCCAUUUCAACGAGCGCCAACUUUUACGAAAUCGGUGGUAACUCCCUGAAUUCAAUUUUCACCAUCUCCAGAUUGAAUGAACAAGGAUACCAUAUAAAUAUUGGUGAUUUUAUCUCUGCGAUGGAUUUGGGGGAAGUUUUGGAGAGGAUGACGUCUGACACUAAAAUAGAUACUCAUCCACCUAGUUUCAGCUCCGAGUUGUUGAAGGAUGAGUUCCAGCCUAAUGUUUUAGACAUGGUUACCACAAGUUUCUACCAAAAAGCUGAACUGGAGCAGCUGAUCAUUUCCGAGCUAUCCGAGGCCGACUACAAGGAACUAAUCGGCGCCUUAUGGACACCUUUACUGGAAAAAAAUCUAAGUUUUAUCGUCAAAAACGAAUCGGGCAAAAUUAUUGGAGUAGCUCUUAACUUCGAUGCGAGAGACGAACCAGAUGUAGAGAUUACAUCUAAACUGACUGUGAUAUUUGAGUUCUUGGAAAGCAUCGAAGGACCAAUUAGAGAUAACAAGUUACCAGCCGGCAAAGGUAAAAUUUUGCAUUCCUUCAUGAUGGCGACUCACUCGUCGCUGACACCGAAAGAGAACGUUGCCGUGAUGCAAUUUAUGGAAGACGAGGUGCUGAAGUUGGCCAGGAAACGCCAAUUCGCCGGUAUUUUUACCACCAACACCAGUCCUUUAACCCAACAACUGGGCACUGACGUUUACAAGUAUCAGACCAUGUUGGAUUAUCAGAUUAAUCAAUUCGUGGCAAGUGAUAAUACAAAACCAUUUAUUUUGGCCCCAGACAAUCUUAGGGCGAUCGUCCAAUGGAAACCUAUUUGAGUAUUUUGAAAGUAUUAUUUAUUUUGUUAGCUCCUAGGUGCAUGUAUAUUUGUAGAAUUAAACAAUGUAAAAAUUAUUUAGAUUUUUAGAAAGUGAAGAUAUUUGUAUUGCUGUGAUGUAUGCGUGCAUGUAUGUUGAUUUUUAGUUAAAUAAACACUAUGUGUUUCUA